GGUGGCAACUGGAUAUGGACCUCCUCAGAUGAUCUUAAGGUGCGGUGGGGAUCAUGUAGAAGAAGGCACUCUCUUAGAUAACUUGGACCUAAGCCGUUCAGGGCUUUAAAGGGUAGCACCUCUGUGGUUUGCAGAGCCUAGGAAUAUGGCCGAAGAUGACAUGGACAAGUUCCAAGAAGAAACAUGGUUCAUCCUGAUUCUGCAGUUUGUGGGGGCCGUUGUUGGGAAUGGCUUUGCUAUCUUUCGUUUUGUGGCUCGUGAACGCCCAUGGCACACCGGCAUCAUCUACUCCUUCAACUUGGCCAUCAGUGACUUGCUCUAUGCCCUCUCCUUGUUGCCCUUGGCAUUCUAUUACCGCACACCCAAGACCUGGACAUAUGGUCUUGCAGUCUGCAAACUGGACCGUUUUAUCUUCUUCUGUAACCUUUACGGUAGCACUUUUUUCGUUGCCUGCAUCAGCCUUAACCGCUGUGUUGCUAUUGUCCACCCCUUCUUUGCUCAUGGACGCAUAGAACCUCGCCAUGCCAAGCUUCUUAGUGGGGCAGUGUGGCUGCUAGUGGUGACCAUCUCAGCGCCUACACUUGAUUUUUCUGUUCUGUCUGAACCUACAAACAAUACCAACCUUACCAACAGAACAAACUGCAUAGGAAGUGCCCAUACUGAUCAGCUGCCCAAUUACUGGCCAUAUAGCUUGUUCCUCUUUGCUUUUGGGUGUGGGCUACCCUUCAUCAUCACCAGUGUCUCCUGCGGGGCUGUCCUCCUCACAGUCCUCCGCAAUCGCAACAUCACCAUGGCAGAAAAGCGGAAGGUCAAGGUCCUGGUCAGUAUGGUGGUGGUCCUCUAUAUCAUUUUCUAUCUUCCAUAUCAUAUCCUACGGAACCUGAACCUCAGCUGCCGAAUGGGCAAGUUCUGCCACAACCAGCCAUCAGAGGACAGGAAACUGCUUGUCCACACCUUGUAUCAGAUAGCCAAAUUCUUGGUCCAUUUCCACAUUUGCAUCCACCCAUUACUUUAUGCUGCCCUGGUUCAUAGCAUGCAGGAAUACUGCUGCAGUGGUUGUCGGCGGGGUAAAGGUGUGGAGGAGAAGAAUGUGGAGUUAAAACUAUGCAACUAGGUCAGAGUUGCACAACUGGCCCUCCAACUGUUUUUGGACUACAGCACCCAUCAUCCUCAGCCACAAUAGUCAAUAGUCAAGGAUGAUGGGAGUUGUAGUCCAACAUCUGCAGGAGGGCUGAAGCUGUGCAGCCCUGAACUAGGUUUUGCCUCAGGACCAGUGUCAAUACCACCUUUUGAUCAAGGGUGGUGGUGGUGGAAAGACUAUUUCAAUCCAAGUUUCUGAUUCAAGUUGCAUUUGCAUCUCUACAUUGAGUAAGGCACCACCAAGCAGCUUCAGCCUUGAUAUUGUUGUAAGUAAAGAGCUACCUACAUGUAAAAUGUAAACGUGUGUCAUAGAACCCAAAUGCACUAUUUAAGAAAACCUAAGUUGGGAAUGGGGAAUUUGGAACAGGGAAGUAGCAGGAAAAGAAACAUGCCUGCCGUAUCUCAGCUCCCCAUCUGUCCUCGCAACAUCCUCCCCCCCCACCCCGGGGAGUUGCAAACUGAAGCUGGCCAUCACAAACAUGGGUCUGGAUGGGGAUGGGUGAGAAAUCUUCUGGGGAAAGGCAACAAAUGGGGGAAGGGUUAAGACCCCCCUAGCUUCUGCUUCUCUACUUCACAAGUUGCCCUUAUGAUGCAAAUACUUUUUAAAAGCACUGCACUUGGGCUCUUUUGCACAACUUGUCCGUGGGUUGAACAGGGAACCCCCUCCAGGUUUGCCACUGUCGCCAGGGCUGAGGAGUACUGGGAAGAAUAUUACCUGUUGAAGGCAUUUCCACCGCUGUUCAUGAGCAAAUCUGCAGAAUGCCCGCCAGGCAAUGCUGUUGCCUCGUUUCUGGCAGUGGCACUACCAAGACAAGAGUGACCGGCAAGGAGGCCUCCAUCCUUGAGUCUGAUGCAAUCAGUAUUCCUAGUGACUGGCUGACUUCCACCAUUGCCUGACACCAUUGACUUCACAAGCAGUCUAAAAUCCUCAAUCUUCCAGAAAAUAUCAUGGAUAUAGUGGUUUUAAACACCAUUCUUCCCCACCCAGAUGGACAAUCAACUAUCAGGAACGCAAUGUUGUCUGCUCACUGACAAUUAUUUCAGUGCUUUGGCUCCACAAUAUGCCAAUGCGUUUGUGGCUGACUUACUUUUAAAAGUGCCUCAACACUUUGUUUAUUUUAUUAUUAUUUAUUUUUACAUUUCAUAUCCUGCUCUUCCUAUGUGUACUACAUACUUAGGUUCCUCCUCACAACAACCCUGUGAAGUAGGUUAGGCCGAGAGAGAAGUGACUGGCCCAGAGUCACCCAGGUAGUAUCAUGGCUGAAUGGGGAUUUGAACUCGGGUCUCCCCGGUCCUAGUCCAGCACUCUAACCACUACAGCGCACUAGAUCUUUCCCCUAAAGGCCUCUCUUCCAUGAAAUACAUUUUGCUUGCCAAGAGGGGGCUGGUCUGCACAUGUGAGCAUGUUGCUGAUUUGGGGGCCAAAGAAAGAAGAGCCUGGAGGGGUUCAAGAGGAAGAAGCAGCAAGCAAAGGGAGGCAACAGUGAUGCAGAGGGUCCUGGUGUGCAGGAGGACCAGAAAGCUGGCAGUUGUCAGAUUACAACACAGAGUAUUAUCAAAAGAAAGUCAGAGAAGAGCCUGAUGAAAGUUGGUGUCUAACUGGGUAAAGCUGAAAAAUGUCUUCAUGGCACAUUCUGCUGUAUGCAUGAAUUUGCAGAUUUGCAGAUGAUACCAAAUUUGCAGAUGAUACCAAAUUUGCCAAAUUUGCAGAUGAUACCAAACUCUUCCGGGUAGUGAAAUCCAAAACGGACUGUGAGCAGCUCCAAAAGGAUCUCUCCAAACUGGGGGAGUGGGCAACAAAAUGGCAAAUGCGGUUCAAUGUUAGCAAGUGUAAAGUGAUGCACAUUGGGACGAAAAACCCCAACUUCAAGUAUAUGCUGAUGGGAUCCGAGCUGUCGGUGACUGACCAAGAGAGGGAUCUUGGGGUUGUGGUGGACAGCUCGUUGAAAGUGUCGACUUAAUGUGUGGCAGCUGUGAAAAAGGCAAAUUCCAUGCUAGGGAUUGAAAAUAAAACGGCUAACAUUAUAAUGCCCUAAUACAAAACUAUGGUGCGACCACACUUGGAGUACUGCGUACAAUUCUGGUCACCACAUCUUAAAAAGGACAUUGUUGAACUGGAGAAGGUACAGAAGAGGGCAACCAAGAUGAUCAGGGGACUAGAGCACCUUUCUUAUGAGGCAAGAUUACAACACCUGGGGCUUUUUAGUUUAGAAAAAAGAUGACUGCGGGGAGACAUGAUAGAGGUCUAUAAAAUCAUGCGUGGUGUGGAGAAAGUGGAGAGAGAAAAACUCUUUUCCCUCUCACACAACACUAGAACCAGGGGUCUCUCCAUGAAAUUGAUUGAGAGGAGGUCUAGGACCAACAAACGGAAGUACUUUUUCACACAACGUGUGAUCCACUUGUGGAACUCUCUGCCACAGGAUGUGGUGACAGCCAACAACCUGGAUGGCUUUAAGAGGGGUUUGGAUGACAUCAUGGAGGAGAGGUCUAAUGGCUACUAGUCGGAGGGCUGUGGGCCACCUCCAGCCUCAAAGGCAGGAUGCCUCUGAGUACCAGUUGCAGGGGAGUAAUGGCAGGUGAGAGGGCACGCCCUCAACUCCUGUCUCUGGCUUCCAGUGGCAUCUGGUGGGCCACUGUGUGAAACAGGAUGCUGGACGAGAUGGGCCUUGGGCCUGAUCCAGCAGGGCUGUUCUUAUGUUCAUGCAACUGAUGAAAGCAAUUGUAUUCCUUAGCAUGAGCUGUGAUUCUUCCAAAGCACGAAUACUGUGGGAGGAGAUGGUGCAGCUCAUCUGCAUGCAUGCCACCUCCCAGCCUAGAGAGCUAUCGCCGUUUCUGUGCUGAUUCAUACAUGCAACUUUGAUGGCUGCAAUUCAUGUUUUCUUUCAGCAGCAUCGCUUGGAGUUUCUGCUUACCUCUGAAUGUAUUGGAAGCAGAGGCCCUUCAGUGGGCACGCCUCUUAGAUAUGAGGCGCCACUACAGUGCUACCUAGGAAGGUGCCGAGCAC